UCUAUUUACGAUUCUCAAAAUAUUUUGCUUUAAAGGUUUAGUAAAAUAAAUUUUUAAUUAAAUAGUGAGUUUAUAAUGUCUGGCGGGGAGUACCGCCAUGUGUGGCGUAUAGCCUUUACUAAUUUUCUUAAGUCAUUUAGACCGCGCCAAAUAAGAGGAAACGUAAUAGGGAAGGACUACAAAGGCAACAGUUACUUCGAGAUACCGGCAGAUCCCAGCCUGGGCAAGCGGAAGGCUACCCGCUGGUACGAUCCACCCAAAGGACUGGACUUCCGUGACCCCAUCCCUGCAGAGUGGGAGGCUUGGCUUAGGAUGAGGAGAGUAGAAGCACCAACGGAAGAAGAGAUAGCCAAUAACCUAGCUGUGGCCAAGCUGAAACAAGAGAACGCGGCCAUAAUCGAAGCGCGUCGCCUCGCCGAGGGCGGCUCGCUGCCCACCAUGCCGGCGCGAGGCGCGGAGACCUAUCCCAAGUACGCCGAGUUCCAUACAGGACAUCCGGACGACCAUCCUGACCGGAGGAAUCAUUAAAACUGAACUUAAAGUUUGAACGCCGUACGUCAUUACAAAAUCGUCAUUCACACGCCAAGAUCAUUGACGCAUGUGAGCCAAUAUAAACCUUAAUGGAAAGUGUGAAGGUUACUUUUACAGUGUGUGACACUUGUAAGUAUUCUUGGCGCUGUGGGCACUCACGAAUACUUCAAAAAAAAAAAAAAAAAUUUUUUUUUUAUUGUAGGUACACAAAAAUAUAUUCAGGGUUGUUAAGAUUAACUUAAAUUAAACACAGUUGACAAAAUGUACCUGGUAUAGAAAAAUACAGUCAGGUUACUCUGGUUCCUACACUAGGCUUAGCCUGUCUCGUAGGUAACCCAGACUCGAAUGAGUUUAGUUUAGUUUGAGUUUAUACAAUUAAUUAACAUAACUUAAAGCCUUUACCUGGUUGUUUUGCUUAGUGUGGUAACAGGUCCCUUAUAUAGAUUAUUAUUAUAGAUUAUUGAGACUCUCAAUUGGGUUUUAGAAGGCAUCCUGUAUUAGAUAUUGUUGUAGAUAUUACACUCUGUGGAUGUAAGUUCACAGGUUUAGAGUAUUUAUUGUAAUUUAGCUGAUACAUGAAAUAAUACCAAUUGGUAUCCAGAAUGUAAUAGAAGUAAAUUCGGGCUUGUAUUUUAUGAGAUUAUCGCGUUAUAGUGUAAAUAUUCUACUUUAUAAAAAAAAAAGAAAUAAAGUUUGUUAUAGUAUAAAUAUUGUACUUUAUUUAAAAUGAAAUAAAGUUCAUUUUAUUUUCAUGGUUCCAUUUGCCAAAUGUGACCAAGUGUGACAAGGAGGGGAAAGGGUAAAAAAACCUAGAAAUUCAUGUGACGUAAUUAAUGCUGACUGUACUUACAGUCAGCGGCAGUAUUAAGAGUGUCUAUAGAUCAUUUUGAAUACCACGCCCGUUUAGUUAAUAUUAUGCAGUAGCCUGUAUGUGUAAAGUUAAUAGCUUCAUGUUGUAGUGUAAAUAGAAGAUAGAAAGAAAUUAUGUGUUAAUAAAUUAUUUAUUUUAAA